AUGAACGCGUUUCAUGUUCUUGGAGAAAAUAGCCCAGAAUCAGCACCCGUCUCUUAUAUCCUUUCUUGCGGCGGCGGCGAUGGCAUCGAUUCAGAUAGCCGAUAUUGGAUUCCCGACCGAGAGUUUAUAGCUCCGUCCGACAGCGGAGACCAUACGGAUAAUCACGAUCUUAUAUCCAAAGGAGCCGUCCAAGACCCUCCUAUUGCUAGAAAGAGUUUGAACGAAGCGCUCAUUUCACCGACCGAAGAUGUUUUACCUGAUAUUUCAGAAGAAUCCAUUGAUUUCUCUUCGAUCUCUGCUUUUUCAGAUGUUGAUUUCAACAUUGAGACCGCUGAGAACCUUGUGAUCUUAUCGAAUCCAUUACUUUCCACUUCAUUGGAAACGUUCACGUUACCUGAAAUUGAUCCUUGUUCAAAGAUGAGCACUGCAAGCAGAGAUGGACAAAUAGACUUCUCAAAAACCGGUUUAGCGGAAGCAGUGAUUCUAGUGAAUCUUCUAAAACAAGCUCGACUCCAAGCAUUGAAUUCUGUUGACAUGGAGAACAAAUCCAAGAAGGUUCUAGAUGCAUUGAUCGAAUUCACUAUUAAAGAGUUCUACACUCUGCCCCAAGAGAUAGAUAAGUUACCUAAACUUGUCUGUAGAGAUGUCUAUGCACGAUCUCUCUGCUUCUUGCUUAUGGUUGUAGCGGUGGCGUUAUUCUCCCUUUAUCUGUUCUGCUACUCAAGAUUGGUUCCGUCUUUCACAGUACUGCCACCAACAUGA